GAAAAUGAAUCGCGUGUUGAAGGGCACGCUUACGAUGUUGUUCAGUUUCCCCAGAUUCUGGCAUUGGAAGUUGAAAAUCACUCAAUGCUUCAUCGGCUAUCUACCCCAGGGCUCCAAGCGCUCAAAUAUCAGUGAUCCCAACGAUGCCCACGUGGUCCUCAAUUUUCUCGCGAUCUCCAGAUGCAACCUCACCUGCCUCGGUAUACUGUGACUUUGCUGAAAGCGGACCGUUCGUCACCCUGCUUCCGAACCUUCCUAAUAUACAUCAUCUUAAGAUUUCCUAUCUGGGCAUGCUUGAUGGUGACUACCCCGAUGUCUUUGAGACCCUUCGCCUAGGGGAUGGAGCCCGCAACUUGGUUCCCAACCUGCAGGAGCUAACGUUGGACACCUACAACACCUGCAUCUUCAACCCUGACGACUUUCCGGAGUUGCCGUCGGAUUUGUUCAAGAGCAUAAUACCGUCGAGGCUAGGGAGGCUCUGCAGGCUCACACUUUUACAGAAGUUAGAUGAGAUAUCUGAGUGUGUUAAAAUCCUGAUGAAUACGGGUCUGGACGUGGUGGUGGACUGGGAUGGGACAAUGGAGGACUCGUGCAAUUACUCUGAUGAAAAAAAAUAAUGAUCAAAAUGAAUACUUUUUUUUUUUAAUUUACCAGAUCCCGGACCGAUGGUCCGAAUGAGACAUGCGCCUGUUUCAUCUUAGGCCAUCCUUUUCAAGUUCCAUCUUCGAGCUUCUAAAUAGGGUCUUUUAAACCGCACGAU